UUCUAAAGAUUUUCAUUUCAAACAUACUCUGCUUUCUCUGUUUCAAUCUCCAUGUGUGUGGUCUAUAGACUAUACUAAUCUCUCCUUUUUCCAUUCAUAAAGAAACUCAGCAAAACAAAAGCACACAUAGUUUUAUUACUAUGCUUGAAUGAAAUUGAAUCACUUCACUUUUGUUGUCUCUUAUCCACUUUCCCUUCACUUCACUCUCUUCAACAUCACAACCUUGCCAUGUUGAAUGAUCCAACAUCUUCCACUAGCCAUGGAGUAGUGGAUGAUCACCAAGAAGAAGAAGAAGAAAUAAGAGAAAUCCAUGCCUUGACACCACCUCACCCUCCACCAACCACCAACCGUGGCCGUCGAAGAGAGCCUUGGGAAACACAUAGCCACCGAUCAUCGAAUCUUUCCAUGGCUAGCACAGAAGGUGCUUCCAGUGAGAACUUCACAACCAUGAGUAGAGAGUUCAGUGCUCUAGUUAUAGCAGGAUCAAGUAUUGACCACAACAACAACAACAACAACAACACGAGUCCUAUGAUGAAUAACCAUGACAAUGAAGGAAGAGGAAACCAUGGUGGGAACAACAACAACAACAACAACUUGGGUAGGAUUGGAGAAGAGGACUUGAUGGUUGAGACCAACCCUUUGGCGAUCGUGCCAGAUAAUCACCCAUUUGACCUUGCUCCAUCUCAUGGAAUCUCUGGUUCAAGUUCCAGUGUUCAAGGUGAAGAAGUAGUGUCGGUGCAGAGGGUGAAGAAGGAGGAGGUUGAUGCAAAGAUAUCAGCUUGGCAGAACGCUAAAGUUGCUAAGAUUAACAACAGGUUCAAGAGAGAAGAUGCUGUGAUCAAUGGCAUGGAGAGUGAGCAGGUUCAGAAAGCUACUUCAUGGAUGAAGAAAAUUGAGAGGAAGCUGGAGGAGAAAAGAGCAAGAGCGUUGGAGAAAAUGCAAAAUAAGGUAGCAAAAGCUCAUAGAAAAGCAGAGGAGAGGAGGGCAUCAGCAGAGGCAAAAAGGGGUACUAAAGUGGCCAGGGUUAUGGAGCUUGCUGGCCUUAUGAGAGCAGUUGGAAGAGCUCCUGCUAAAAAAUCCUUCUUUUAAUAUUUUUUUUUCUUUUUUAUUUUCAAACUUCAUUUGAAACACAUUUUUAGACGAACAAAAUGGAAAAACAAGGAACAUUAUGGGCAUAAUAAUAGAUGCCAUAGUCUAUAAGAGCCCCUUUUCCUUUUUAAUUUACUAAAGGGUGCAAGAUGGUUAGUAAUGAGCAGCAGUAUUAAAAAAGAAAAGGAAGAUAAGGAGAUAUGUAUUAUAUCAUAUGAAAACCAAUUGGGGUGUUUUUGAGUGAUUGAGUACAGUGUCUGAAUUUGGUGAGUGGUGACAUAUAUGCUUAUUUGAUUGUGUUAGUUAUAAACACUUCUGGGUUUUGUACAUAAAUAUAUAUGUAUAUUACUUCUUUUAAUUAGUUGG